GAUUCAGGGAGGAAGUGACGCAAUCGGGAGGAUGACGUCAGACAAACGUCCACUGGACAACGCGGCCGGGUCUUAACCAAAUUGCUACUAGAAGCUAGCCGGCUAUAUUUGUCACAUUAUACGCGAAGCUGGGUUAAUUAUUGGUGUCGCUGAAAGCCCCUGUGCGGGUUUUAUAUAGGCUGUCUUUCCUGGGCCUCGUUUUCAUGUCAUACCUUUAAUGUUUGUUUUUUUGGCUGUUUUUAAUUGGCUAGGCUGGCGAGUUGAAUCGCUAGAUAAUUAGCUGGAUGGCUAGCUAAACGUUAAAGCUCGCAUUGGCUGUGCGGAGCAACGAUGGCGUUUUAAAUACCCGAUAAGCGGUUGCUUUGCAAUUCCGGGGUUGGUACGGGAGGGAGGGGGGACUCUAGCUAGCAAGCUAACGAGCGAGGAUCGGGAGAACACCUUUUUUCUGAGCUACUAAAAUGGAUUUCGAAAAUAUAUUAACGCUUGCCUCAGAAAACCAGGGCCUCAGCGCUUUGCCGACGAAGCGUUACAGUCUGCAGGCGGGCCCUGCGAAAAAGCACCCCAAGGUUAAAGGUGUGGAAUCCGCUGCAGUGCAGGCCUUCCUGAAGAAGAAAGAGAUGGAGCAAAAAAAGAAAGAGAUGCAAAGCAAGAAACAAAAAGAUGAGUUGUUGGCAAAGAGGGUGGAACUUAAGUCUGACCGGAAAGCUCGGGCGAUGGCGUCGCGGACCAAGGACAACUUCAGGGGCUACAAUGGCAUCCCUGUGGUGGACCAGCCUAAGAAGAGGCAUCCGAAGGGGCAUCCAGUCCAGCAGAGCAAAGAGGACUUUGUGGACGAUGAGGAUAACUAUGAAUAUUCACAGACAGACUCUGAGCCUGAGCUUGAGCCUCAGCCUCAGCCUCAGCUUCGGAAUGAUAAAUCCCUCGCUAAAUCCUCCGGGAGGCCCUCUGGCCCAGGCAGGCCUGUCCCGCCGCCCAUGAACUUCGAAGAUCUCUUGAAACUGGCCCAAAAGAAGCAGUUUGAGCCAGUUGAGCUGAAACCAAAAAAGAAAAGCGAGGAGCGACUCCGGACGGCCGAGGAACUGAGAGAGCUGGAGCUGGAGAGGAAGGCGAAGAGGCAGGAUAGAGGGCGGGAGGCCAAGCCAGAGAGAGAGCACAAACCCCAGGGUAACCCCAGUACCUCAAAGAAGUGUUUACAGGAAAAGGAUGCACGGAAUGGCAAGUCUCACAGGAGCUCCUCCGAGAAGCUCCCACACCGGGGUUCAGGGAAGAAGCCCACAGCAGCAGCCUCUGGUGAACGGCCGCAUGGGAUUGCCAAGCCGUCUCAGGGAGACAAGCAUGUGUCCAGCACCUCCAGUGCCUUAAACAGUAAAAUUACAGCCAAAGCUAGUUCUCAGGCCCCCAACAGACCCCAAGGCCCGCGGCCUUUUCCAGGGCAGAAGCCCGUCUCCAGCAGUGACCUUAUGCAAAAGCGGGGAAACCCCCCUGUCCCACCGGGAAAGACAUCUGGAUCGGGGACCUGGCCGGGUGUCACCUCCAGCCCUGCGCCAACCCGAACGCCAGCCAUGGGCCAGACGCGACCCGGAGCGGGUGGCUCAGUCAGACCGAGUCCAGGCAGUGAACACACCAGGUCUAGUGUUGUAAGUGGCAUCAGCAAACAAGUCAGGCCCAGCCAAGGCAACUCAGGAAAGAUGACGUCCGCCACAUCUGCUAGGUCAGGAACGGGGGAACCAAUACAGUCAGCCCGGUUCAGUGACAAUGGACAAAUGCGAUCUGGUGCAGGCGGCCCUCCCAGGUCGGGGAUUCAACCACAGGCGCGUCCCGGUGGGAGUUCCCAGGUCCGCCCUAGCAAUGGUGGAAUUUGCCCUCCAGCAAACGGACCUGGGCGGCCAUGGAGUGGCGCAGCCGGGCCUGCAAACAACAUGGGUUCCGGCCCUGGGAGGCCCAAAUGUACGGUGGUAGCUGAAACUAUCUCGUCUAAAAACGUAGCGCCCAGACCUGGGAUGCCAUCGAGACUUCCUCCAGGUCACAGACCGGUGAUGAGACCUCCAGGUACAAUGCUACCUCCAAUUACAUCCAGUUACAAACGAAAAUAUGAAGAGGAGGACUAUGACCCUGAAAUGGAUGAUUUCAUUGAUGAUGGAGGUGUAGAACAAGACGAAAUCUCCAAGCACAUCAGGGAGAUUUUCGGCUACGAUCGGAACAAAUACCAAGAGGAGAGCGACUAUGCACUGAGGUUCAUGGAAAGCAGCUGGAAGGAACAGCAAAAGGAGGAAGCUAGAAGCUUACGAAUGGGCAUCAAGGAGGAUGAAGAGGACAUUAUGUUGGAGGAAGAGGAGAGAAAAAGAAAACUGGCGGCAGUGAAGGCGAAACGAAAGAAAAUGUGAGGUUGUUAAAGAAGUGGAACACUGCCGAUGUACCUGCUUUUGCUUCUGCUGUUGUGCUGUUUAUUUCCUGAGGAAGGAGCUGGUUUGCACUAUCAGAGAGACCCACUUUCAAAAUAGAUCUACACCCUAUGAGGGAAUAAAAUAUAAUAUAAGAAUAAAGACCUGAGAAUUGUUUUUAUAUCUAUAUAAAAAAUUAUGGAAUUUCUGUACAUUCAGUUGCUUUGCUUCUUGGAGAACAGCGUCUGUUUCCAGGUUAUCCUCGUGAGCAGAAUGCAAGAACCACGGCUGUUACCUAUAGACUUAGUUUUAUUAAUGCAAUUAAUUUGAUGAGACACAUUUUGCCAUUCUGUUAACAUCUGUUAUUUCUUGUUUAUAAAAAAAAAUGACCUUUCACUUUUUA